AUGGCGAGGUUCAGCUGGGGAUAUGGUGAGCACAAUGGUCCUAUUCAUUGGAAUGAAUUUUUCCCUGUUGCUGAUGGAGAUCAACAAUCUCCAAUUGAGAUUAAAACCAAAGAAGUGAAGUAUGAUUCUUCCCUCCGACCUCUUAGUAUCAAGUAUGACACAAGCUCAGCUAAAAUCAUCAGUAAUAGUGGCCAUUCCUUCAAUGUUGACUUUGAUGACACAGAGGACAAAUCAGUUCUGCGUGGGGGUCCUCUCACCGGAAGCUACAGGUUACGACAGUUUCACCUUCACUGGGGGUCCACCGAUGAUCACGGCUCUGAACACGUGGUGGACGGCGUGAGAUAUGCCGCAGAGCUCCACGUUGUUCACUGGAAUUCAGACAAAUACCCCAGCUUUGUUGAGGCAGCUCAUGAGCCAGAUGGACUAGCUGUCUUGGGCGUAUUUUUACAGAUUGGUGAGCAUAAUCCCCAACUUCAAAAGAUUACUGAUAUUUUGGAUUCCAUUAAAGAAAAGGGUAAACAAACUCGAUUCACAAAUUUUGACCCAUUAUCUCUGCUUCCUCCACGCUGGGAUUAUUGGACAUAUCCUGGUUCCCUUACAGUCCCACCUCUUCUAGAGAGCGUCACAUGGAUCGUUUUAAAACAACCUAUAAACAUCAGCUCUCAACAGCUGGCCACAUUCCGCACCCUCUUGUGUACAGGGGAGGGCAAAGCAGCGGCUUUUCUGUUGAGCAAUCAUCGUCCACCACAGCCUCUGAAGGGCCGAAAAGUGAGAGCCUCUUUCCAUUAAAAGUUGUCACCAACAGACCACCCCAAACGUGUCUGUGGAGAGAAAACAAAACAAAACAAAACAAACACAAAAACCCCUACUAACAGUUCUUUCCUAGAAUUCUAAUUUAUGGGGUGCCAUUUUGCUGUCAGCUUCAG